ACAUCUACUUGCAGAAAUUGUCACUGAAAUAUGCUUGACUCCAUGGGGUUGCAAAGCAAUGUAGAUCUCAAUGGUGGAUUGCAUUGCAUACACUCACAUUGAUGAAGUACAUACAAUACCUAAAGGAAAUUUGUACCAUCACUGACUGCAGCAUUAGGUGUGGGUCUGUCUCUUUCGGCACACCCUGGAUGAAAUGGUGAGGUUGGUAGGUGAGCACAACAAGAACAAAAUUACUAAAGAAGACAUCAAUGUGGUCAAGCUAGCUGGCAAAAAGAUGACACAACCUUUAGACCUUGAGAAAGUCUACAACACCCUCAAGAGAAGUCUGCUACAUCUACAUGACUUUCUUGACAUUGGCCAUCUUGCUUCAGGUCCUGGCAGAGUGUGCAAGUUUCUUCUGCACUAUAUAAUGAAUAUGACCUGGCUGAGAUGUCAAUUAAACCUGGUCAAUGUGUUUAUUCUGGAAAAGGUGUUGACCAAAACCUAUGUAAGUGCCUGCCAAUCAUGUCUACUAGUACUCCUGGUAAUGCUUAACACAGGAGGAGUUGCCAGAGGCAUAUGAAAAAGGGGGUGAUCAGGAAUGCAAUGUUUUGAUGUAUCAUAAAAGGUUUGACCUAGAAGUAUGGGUUGACAUUCUCAGACUUGUAGAAGAGUAUUUCUGUGAUGGAGCAAUCAUGAAUCUACUCAUGGCCAGUAUAUCUGUCAAGGUAUGUAACCCAAGUCACAGCACAGAAGGAUGAUUGGGGCAACAUCCUGACUAUGUUGCAGGGACUCAAAUCAAAGCUGUGGACCAUCUGGGGUCCAAAGAUCCAUGAGAUGAUGAUGUCUCUGAACCCAGAGUUGAAAAAUUUGAACUUUCUGCAUUCAGACUUGAAUGUUGUUGACCUG